UGUGUAGGAGCUAUUAGCAGAGUGACACAGCUGCCUAACAGAACCAGUGGCAAUUUCAAGAAACCUGUGGAGUAUUCUUUUACAGCUGACCCGACAAGAAGAGCUUUCUUACCCAUCUGAACUGUCAGAGACCAACAGGAGUCAAAAUGAAAUUGGUCUUCCAGCCUUUCCUCUAUUGCUGUCUGCUGGCAACAGUAGCACACUGUGUGGAACUUGAAGUGAAUCCCGAGUUGAGAAAAAGGCUAAGCAUAUGGCUUGGAAGCAGAUUGAGACGGGAUCUUGACAGUGUAUCACUAGAGCAGACCGCAGAGUCUGAGCAGUAUGUCAGACCAGAGGAUAUCAGGGAUACUUUGCUGCCACAUUCCAGCAGCACUGACAUCAAAGUCCGAACCAAGAGGUCUAGUAGAACCUCAGCCAACCAGUCGAGAAGACAAGGUUGUUCGCUGGGCACUUGCACAGUACACGAUCUGGUACACCGCCUGCACCAGAUAAAUGUCACAUUUAAGGCCGAGACUGCCCCUGUUGACAAGAUCAGCCCGCAGGGAUACGGCAGGAGGCGUCGGUCUCUUCCAGUGCGCAGAGCCACACUGAGGCUAGAGCAGGGCAGGCUGAGGCCCGUGUGGAGCACAAGUGACUCACAAGUUCACAAGCUUGAGGCUCUCCUGAAACGGACAUGAGCGGGACUUUGCAAGAAGAGUUGGGAACAAAAGUGAGGGAGCAGCUCAGAGCGAGCGUCCUCUGUUCUAAGAUUCUCGAAAUGCCUCAAACUUCUGCCAAGUAUUCUCCAGCGCAUUUGUUCCAGCCAUGAGGACUGAGUCAGAGCAAGACUGGCUGCAGCUGAGUUUCUCUAAAGCCUGAGCCUUGCAGCUCAGCGAUGCAGAGUUUUCACACUACUGCAGCUGCCUUAUAGACACUGGAUGGCACAUUGUGGAGCAAACUACAGGUGCUGCUCUCUGCUUGGCAGAGGUAAAGGAAGAGUGCUAAUACCUGGUAAAGUGGACACAUCCUCUGGCCUAAAGAGGGAACUCUCUUCUAAUAUUCUGGGACUUCACAUACUUGUUCCUCAAGGCCAGGACUUUGAUAAGUGCUAUCUCUAAGGAUUAUACCACCAUGUUCCAUCAAACUGUCAGUACUUGUCUGCACUUUUCCAUUUGGACUUAGAGUCAAAUGAAUCAUCAGGAAAAACAUCUUCAUCACAAUGCCAAACAAGAAGAUAGGCUACAGAGCUCUGAAGCUCUCAGUUUAUAUCAAGCUUUGGACACUGUAUAAGGGAAAAUGCCUUAGAUUCUGUGAGAUAUGUGCCAAUCCACAAUGGAUUGAAAUAUACUUGAAAAUGUUAUUAUUUGUACAAAAACAUGUGCAAUCUAUAUUUGUUUUUAUUGCAGGAUAUGUGUAUAUAUGAAUUCCUUUAUUUAAAUAUUAUAUAGAGGUUACAUUAAAGUACUUAUGCAGAUAGAACUAUUUUUGUACAGGAAGAAAUAUAUAUGGGCAUUGUAGCUAUUUGUCAUUAUUCUUUUGCAAACUGUGGUAAUAGGAAAUAUGUUUUAUAGGUUAUAUAUUAUAUAUUUGUAAAUGUGUUCUAUUUUAUUUGUGUCGAAGCAAUAACAUUGUCAUUCAAUAAACAUUUUGCAUACAAAAUCUA